AUGAAGUUCCGAGCCCCGCGCAAAGUGGGACUGUCCUUGCAGGGACGACCCUCUAAAAAGAGGUAUACCAGUGCCAACCGUUACAACUUCCAUAGCAUCGUCUGUUAUGAACGUCCAUGGGUAGUAUGGCACCUGUAUGGGUCAAGCAGACUUUUCUCCAACUGCAGCUCCACUGGUGCGAAAGCGUCCCCGCUGUCCACCUUCCUAAACGAGCAGGAGUUGCAGGCAGUACGGAGAAAGCGAAUUACGUUUUGCAGCAAAUUUGAAGAAAGAGUGAGCGUUGUGUUGAAGCCGGUGGAGGGGAACAGUGUGCCUCCCACGGGGGAGCCCCCGACAGAUGGUGGUACCUCCACCGGGCACUCCCCAACGCAGUUCCUUCCACUGCAGAGGUACCACCAAUUGGCAAAGCUCAAACACAGUUAUGUGUACGACUUCGAGAUCACCAACAUUGGGAUGUUGAGCCAGUAUGAGCCUGGAGAGUUGGUCAAUGUGUAUUUCCAGAACGGAGAAGAACUCGGCAUAGGAAUCGUAAACAGGAAGAGCAACCUAGUCAUCCGGAUCAUCGACAGGGAUGUCAGAAAAACUAUCAAUGAUCAUUUCUUUCUCACGAAGUUAUAUGAGAGUGUAAAAAGAAGAUUUCAUUACCUAUACAGAGAUGUACAUCUGUGGAACUGGAUGUAUUCUUUACGGGUUCGAAACGGGAUCAAUGUGUACCGCAAAAUGGUUAGCUCGACCAGUGAUGGCUUGCCGGGGCUAGUGGUGUACAUUCUGGGGAAGGACCUCUACAUCAGAUAUGAUAACCUCGCCAUCCAAAAAUUCAGGUGCAUCAUUGAGAAGGAACUAGACGCCAUUUUUUCCCCCCAGAGAAUUUUCUGUAAAAGGAUUGUGAGCAAAAAGGAGAAGAGAGCUCAGCAGGGGAAAGAAUACACGUUCGAAACGAUUAAGGGAGACCAUCGCGGCAUUCAACACGGAGACAUCCAGCACGGCGACAUUCAGCAUUGCGAGAAUGGACUCACCUUUUACAACAACCUCUCCGACACAGCGCAUGUUCCUUUUCACGUCGAGAACAAACGAGAUCGACUCUUCCUGCGCUCCAUCUGUGACGGUGCAAACGUUUUAUGUGUCGAUGGGAACGUUGGAGAGUAUAUCAUCAGCUGUGCAGCUGUUGGGGAGGCGGCUAGGGAGGCUGCUUCGCAGGAUGCUGGUGAAGCGGCUCCCCAUUCGAGGGGCGCACCCGGUAUAUCCAUACUCCUGUCCGACUGCGCCAAGAAUUCCAGUUACGUCGAUCGGAACAUCAAACGGAACGGCUGCGGGCAGGUCAUGUGCCUCUACCGGGAAGACAUCCUGGAAGAGCUCAACAACAUGCAUAUGAAUAACCUCAGAUUCGAGCUAAUCAUUUUCAACAUAAAAAGUAACAUCGUUUUUAGAAGCAGCUCCUACACGAGCGUCUACGGGAAGAGGUACACGGCCUCCUUCAAGGGGGUGCAUAGACACCUGAUUUGCCUCUCGGACCUGCAGCAGGAGGGUGGCCUCCUAUUCGUGACGGCCGAACUCUCGGCACGGGACUACCACCAGUUCCUAAAUAUCGUCAAAUGCGUCUUUGAGCGCAGGAAGCGCAGCCUCUCCAUUGUGUACGAAAAUGCCUGUAGUGUGGAGGAUAGGUGA